AUGGAUACUAGGAACUGGACAGAAGUGACUGAAUUCCUCCUCCUGGGGCUAUCUGACCGUCCAGAGAUGCAGCCAAUCAUCUUUGGAGUCAUCCUUUCCAUGUACCUGGUGGCAGUGACAGGCAAUACCAUGUUAAUCAUUGUUGCCUCUACAGACUCUAAACUACAGACACCCAUGUAUUUCCUGCUCAGACAGCUCUCCUUCAUUGAUGUUUUACUGACCACUGUUGUUGUCCCCCAGAUGCUAGUGCACACAGUGACAGGACUCAAGACCAUCCCCUUUGAGAACUGCAUUGUCCAGCUUUUCUUCUUUAUGGUUAUAGGCAGCAUGGAGGGUCACCUGUUGGCUGCCAUGGCAUAUGAUCGCUAUGUGGCCAUCUGUAAACCACUGCAAUAUUAUGCCAUCGUCACCCGCAGCCUCUGUCUCCGCAUCACCCUGACCUCGUGGGUGGUGGUCAGCCUCAACAGUCUCCUCUAUAGCGUGCUGGCUGCCCGACUAACUUUCUGUGGCAACCAGGUUACACAUUUUUUCUGUGACAUCACACCAUUGCUCAAGCUCUCUUGUACUCGACCAGUGCUCAAUGAGAUGCUGAUC